AUGAGGCACACCAUCCUCUUGUUCGCAGCUACCGCUGCUGCCCUCGUCACCCCGGAUCAGGGCAAGCAGCAAGUUGCGCUCAUGGACAGCGACGACAAGGUCACAUUCCGCCCAGACAAUGCGGUUCAGGCCUGGUGGGACGCGCUCCCCGACGCCGCCCACCUCCUUUCCUCGCUCGAGCAGCGCAUCACCGAGGAGCUGGAGCGCCUUAGGCUCAACGACUUCUUUGCCCUAUACGGAGACGAAUAUCAUGGCGACAGGGAGGAUGAUCACCCGCGUCCCCGUCACCCUCGACACGGCCGGCACGGCCGCCACGACCAUCACGGCGACCCGACCAAGACCAUCUACGAGCUGAUCAAGCAGAGCAACCACACGACUAAGCUCGCCAAGCUGGUCGACGAGCACGACGAGAUCAAGCAGCUGCUGCAGGACACCGAGCACAACCACACCCUCUUCGUCCCGACGGACCGCGCCUUUGCGCGCAUCCCUCACCACCGCCACCGACGUGGCGGUGGCGGCGGCAAGUCCGACUCCAACGCCAACACUGACGACGACAACGACGGCGACGACGACGACAAGCACCCGCACAAACCCCCCAAGGAAUUCGUCCUCGCCCUGCUUAAAUACCACCUCCUCCCGGGCCUGUACCCGCUGCGCCGCAUCCAAACGCACACCACCCUCCCCUCCGAACUCCACCCGGCCGCCCUCAACGCCACCACCACCACCGUCCCCUCUCAUCCCUCCCAAGGCAACCCCCAACGCAUCCGCGCUUUCACCCUCCCUCUAAUCCACCACACCCGCCUGAACUUCUACACCCGCCUCCUCCCCGGCCGGCACGCGAGCAACCUGCCGGCGAAGAACGGCCUGCUGCACGCGAUCGACCACGUGCUGGUCCCGCCGCCGCCGCAGACGGCGCUGGUCCGCCUGCUCCCGUCGCACUUCAGCACGCUGGCGCUGGCGCUCGAGACGACGGGCCUGGGGCGGGAGCUGGCGGGCGCGGCGCGGCGCGGGGGCGGCACGCUGUUCGCGCCGACCAACCGCGCGUGGGCGCGCCUCGGCCGGCCCGCCAACGCGUUUCUGUUCUCCCCGCCCGGCAGGAAGUACCUCGCCGCGCUGGUGCGGUACCAUGUCGUCCUGAACGAGACGCUGUACUCGGAUGCGUACUACUCCGCCAAGGGGCAGGCGGUGGAGAUUGGCAACGAGGAGGAGGAGGAGGCCGGCGGUGGUGCGGGCGGGUCCUGGCAUGCGGAUCUGGCUAGCUGGUUGGAUGGCAAGCCGAUCAGUGUGGAUGUGAAGUCGUGGAACGGGUUUGUGUCGAUUGUGCUGAACGGGCAUGUGCGUGUGGCCGUGAGGGAUGUGGUGGCCGCGGAUGGGGUGGUGCAGGUUGUCGAGCGGGUGCUGAUUCCGCCGCAUCGGCACGGCGGGCAGGGUGAUGAGGAGGAGGAGGCGGAGGAGAUGAGUGUCGAGGUGCUGAAGAGCAGACUGGAGCCGUAUCUGGAG